AUGAAGCCUAUACAAUCAAUAGUGUUUUUGGGUGUGAUACAGGUACAGGUACACUUCGUACUAGCUAUGACGUUAGUACUAACACUGAACAGGGCUGAGACAAUGACCAUAGUGUCGGCUAUACUAGGAUACAUGAACAUCGAAGCUAUAGGAGUAUUUGACGAUGUAUUUAGACCAACGCUUCACCCCCGUUGUGGUUAUCACGCCAUGCCUACAACGUAUAAAUUUACGUGUGGAGGAACGGUGCAUACUGUUGGUAUAGCUACUCAGUUUUUCCUAGCCAGUGAUACCGAAGAUGAUUCUGUAGGAAGUACUGACGAACUUAGUGACUGA